CCUUUCUACUGCAAAGUUAAAAAGAUUUCAAAUUUUUGCGUAAAUCAUCAUCAUCGUCAUUGGAACAGAACAGGAGAAGAGAAACUGAGGUUGAAGUAGUAAAUAAAGAAAAUCCCAAGUCCCCGGGGGAAAGAAUGGAUCAGACGGCGGAGGAGAAGAUGGUGAGAGAGAGAAUCAGAAAGAGAGUUAACGAAGUCAGUUCUGUGUCUCAGUCUCUUCUUUCUCCAGUUUUUCAAGACAACGUCAAUUUCACCCUUCAAAAAGCUUACUUCAAAUGUGCAUAUGAAUGCUUUGAUAGGACAAGAACACACGCUGAGAUUAGCCGAUGUGCAGAGAGUUACAGUGUUCCCAUCACUAAUGCGCAGAACCACUUCGAUAAUGAGAUGUCUGUGUUCCAAGAGAGGUUGAAUAGAUCUCUUGUGGCUUGUCAAAACAAGUUUGAGGCUGCUAAGCUUCAGAAAACUAGAGCGUAG